CUGCAUUGUUUUCAGCUGCCGUGGCGCUUCUCGAAUACGACUUUCUUGGCGUCAUACAUCAGCAGACCCCUCGACCUUGCCAACUGCCUUGGACCAAACACACACGGCCUUGAGGGGUCGGCGAGGGCGACAGCCACACGAUACAGCUGCAAAUGGGAGGCAUCAUCCAGCCCCUGCGUGAGGAUAGCAAGCAGUGUCUGCAGAUGGAGGUGUGUCGUCUCUCUCUCUCUCUCUCUCUCUUUGUGCCUUCACUCACCUGUUGGCCGAUGUCCGUCCAUGUCAACAGUGGCAGAUCCAUCCCCUCGUUCCUCUUCCCAUCAUCAUGCGGCCGCCUCUCUCCAGCCUCACCGACGAGCAGCUUCUCCCCCACAACUCGCCGAAAAGUCGCCAGGAAGCGGUCGAUCUGAACCGUGUUCUGCUCCACCGUCCUUGGCAAUGCCCACAAGCUGAGGCAAGGACUCGGUCGUCAAACAAACGGGACGGCGCGUGUAGCCGCAGAGCGCCGCGGACGGCGAUGACCUUGCGCUUUGCAAAAGAGUUGGCGCCCGACUGCUUGAGGCCGCAAUGGUGAGCCAUAGAGAGAGAUGAGAGUCUGUGACACUCGAUGUGAAGGAGAUGAGCUGAUGGUCGUCGGCUGGUGACGCUGGUGGCUGGGACUGGAAGUCGUCCUUUGCCGCCUCGUAUAAGGCACUCCCUCGGCUUCAUGGCGCCCGAAAGGGAGCCGAAUGACUCAGUGCCGUCGCAGCUGGUGUCAUCAUCGGUCACGUCGUUGGGUGAGUGGCUGACGAAGAGCAGCCGACGAAGAGUGGCCGACGCGGGAUGGGGCGGCCGGGGCCGUCGAGGGUGUGGAUGCGCCUGGAGGAGUGGGGCAACAAGGGGGGCGGCAUCAGGGGGGUCUUCUGGGUCUUCCCGUAAGGUGAGUGGGUGGCCGCUAGAUGAUGAAACAGUCGGUCGAAGAGCUGCCUGUGCACCCUGGCAAACACACGCAGACGGGGAGGGAAGGCAUGAUACUGACCGCUUGUGGCACUGUGAUGGCGUGAUGUGUGCAUUCUGACCUAUAGCUGAGCUGCAUCUUGACGAGAUGGUUGUGUACGCCCUGCAGGAAGCAAAGAGAUAAGGAAGGGAUAGCACAUACAUGCCCGUGAGUGUUUGUCUGCGUGUGGAAUACCUGCAGGCGCGUUGGGGUUGAUGCCAGUGACAAGCAAAGGUACUCAAUUGUUCUGCCAAAAUAGACGCACAUACCAAUCUAUCAGCUGUCGUCAUGUGUGUCCCCUCCUCGGCUCACCAAGCGAAACGUGUGGACUUCGCCCCUGUGUGCCAUCUAUGUGUGUGUGUGAUGAUUGCAAAAGCGAGCAAAGAAACGGAGGGGCGAACCUCCCAACAAAACAGAUGACCUGCCCGUGACCUAAUCACCCUUCCCGGCCCCCAUCACUCAAAACCCAUUCCCUCAAAGCGGGAAACCGAGAAACUGACUGGGGGGCAAGGCAGUCGAUCGUCCGAAGCAGAAGCAGCCGAUUCUCACUGUGCCUUCCCCUUCUCUCUCACUCACCCAUUGCCCUUCAGUCAGGCUGAGCCUGCUCAUCACUGCACCUCAUACAACCACACGGAUGUAACUUCACCGAAGCCCUUCCCCACCCCCCACUCACUCAGGUUCAGGCUGGCCACCACCAGACAGACAGACAGACAGACAGACAUACGGGCGGACGACAAGGCACGCAAACAGACAGGCAGAAAGGCAGCCGUCAAGAGCUCCUUCCAGCCACAUGCAGCGCAGCCACACACAACUACACACCACAAAUGGGAAUGCACAAAUCGUAUGGGAAUGCACAAAUCGCACGAGAAGCGAAGUAGCAGGCCCAUCAGUGCAUUGCACUGAUUCGGCCCGGUCAGUCAGUCAAAUUAACCACUCAGCCCAGCCCAGCCCAUCGACAACGUACACGUCAC